GUCUUUUAAAGAUUGUCUUUUUUUUUUCUCCAUUGAAAACCUUGAUGCUGUGAGUUGAUGCUAUUAAAUGUAGGAUUCAUUUUCACUGUCUGCUGUCAGAAUUAGGUGUAAUGUUGAGAAAGCACUUUCUGGAUGAAGUGCGACUUAAAGCUGAGCGAUAAAUCGACCACUGCAACUUUCGGUAACUCCCACUAGUCGCUUGGCUGCUAUUUCCUGCAGCGAUGUGAGACUGAGAAGGAAGGGCAAAGAGGAAAAACUAACAUCAGUUGAGUUUUAAAUCUGUAUAUUUUGGCUGGUCUCCGGAGUAUGAAGUGAGGAGAAAUGAAGGAUAGACUGUGUGACCUGAAUAAUGUUGCAUCUAAAAACUCCCAAGUGGAGCCUGAUGAGGAGAACGUUGACAAUGGUGAGCUGGAGCAGCAUGCUGUGGUGUUUGAAGGUGAGGACAUCAUGGACGAUAUGUUUAAGGAGGCCCAGGCUAUGCACAAAAAAAUAGCUCACCUCAGAAUGGAGGUGAAGAGGCUGGGCAAGCAGAACACCCGUUUUCUCACCUCAGUCCGACGCAUUAGCAGCAUCAAGCGGGACUCCAAUGCCAUUGCACGCAACAUCAAAGCUGAAGGAGAGAAGUUGUAUGCAAGGCUUCAGCAGAUGGAAGCACAGUGCAAAGAGCUGGACGAGAAGCAUGGGGCCCACUCUGUGUUAGCCCGCAUGGUGCGCUCCCAAUACAACUCUCUAACCAACGCCUUCCAUAGUGCGAUGUCUGAGUAUAAUGAGGCUGAAAUGGCACAAAGGGAAAACUGCAAGAUACGCAUCCAGCGACAGACCGAGAUCAUGGGCAAGCAGGUGACUGGGGAUCAGAUCGAAGAAAUGAUUGAGACUGGUAAGUGGAACGUCUUCUCAGAUGACCUCGUCACAGAUGAGCGAACCUUCCGUUCAGCGCUCAGCGAGAUCGAGAACCGUCACAAGGAGCUUCUAGAGCUGGAGAGCCGCAUUCGGGACAUUCAUGAGCUCUUUUUUCAGUUGGCUCUGUUGGUGGAGCAACAAGGUGCUAUGGUGGAUAACAUUGAGGCUAACGUGUGUGCAACAGAAGAAUUUAUAGGCAAGGCUACAGUUGAGAUCAAGAAGGCUGUGAAAUAUAAAAAGCAGAACCCAUGUAGACAGCUCUUCUGUUGCUGUUUCCCAUGUUGCAAUAAGUGAAGCAUAAUUUGUUUUACUGCCUUCUCAUGCCACUUCCAUUUUAAAACAGGUCAGCUUACAAAGUGUAUAAUGGAUUUGUAUAUUUAAUUGACCUGUCUUUGGUGGAGCUGCAUGUGGUUGUUGCAUGAUGGUCAUGUGAUUAACAGGCUUGCACAUUUUAUGAACCAUGUGUUUUAUACAGUACAUUUGUUCAUAUUGGGUAUACAGAGAAUACUGGCUAGAUGCCAGAACAUAUUGUAACAUGGUGUGACAACCCAGUAUUUUGUAACCUACUAGAUCGGUAAUACAUGAAUACAGCACUGCUUAUUCUCUCAGUGGAAUAUUUGUAUUGUUUCUGUUCUGUGUUUUUAAUAUGAUACACCUGUAAAAAAAAAUUUGUCGUUUUAACUUGGUUAGUACCCGGGCUGCCUUAAAAUUGAGUUCAUUGAAAUUUCAUAUAGUAAGUUAA